AAUCUGAUGAUCUUGAACCAAAAGUUUUAGAUGCGCGCUGGACUGGAAAUAAUUCUAUUAUACUUAUUCUUCAAGCGCCUAAGAAAGAUCCUAAAAGAUUUGGUUACAAAAUAGUUGCACCUGCAGCACUUGGUCAUUUUACUUUGAAUCCUAAUAAUGGAGAUCAACAUAGGUUUACCAAGGACGCAUAUUUUAUAAAUGGUUAUGAUGAAGACAAUACCAAUACCCAGUAUGAAGGACUUAAUCCAGUAGCUGUGGAGUCCAUAUAUGGUGACAGUUAUAACAUUCCGCGUGGUGCAACAGUAACGGUUGCUGUUUCAAUAUAUUAUGGAUGCCAAACCUUUGAAUGGGGUGAAGCUACUAAUCCUGAAACAAAAACAGAAUGUAAUAGUUGCGAUGUUCAAUAUAAUGGUUAG